AAACGGCACUGAAGUAUUUGGAGAAUCAAAUCUGGAAGUCGAAAUUUUUAAUAAAAAAAAUGUUCAACAACGACUGCAUCUUGAUCAAGGACAUUCGUCCCGGCUUGAAGAACAUCAAUGUCCUUUUUAUGGUGCUGGAAAAGAAAACAAUGUCUCUGACGAAGGAAAAUCGCGAAGUUUGGACAUUCAAGGUAGCAGACUCCUCCGCUGCCAUUAACGUCUCCGUGUGGGAUGAACCGGGCAAACUUUUGCAACCGGGCGACAUUGUGCGUCUCACGAAGGGAUAUGCCUCGAUUUGGCGUCAAUCUCUGACCUUGUAUUCCGGCAAAAAUAGCGAAAUUCUCAAAAUUGGCGAAUUUUGUAUGAUUUUCAACGAGCAACUGAACAUGAGCGAGUCGAAUCAGAAUUUCCUGCCGUCGUCAUCGGCGGGCGGAGCACCAGUUGGCAAUGAAAAUGGCGGGCCGCCACCUGUUGGCGUGGCAAAUAGUCGAGUACCUGCGAUUCCGCAAGCAGCAGCUGAUGCCCAUAAAUUGCCAAAUCAAAGAUAUGCGGGACCGCCGACAGUAACGCCGCCCGUGACACCCGAACAACAGGCUCCGACGACGGCGCAGAUAAAGCCAAAGCCGCAAGCAACGCGGAUUAGUAGGGCGAAUAAGCAGCUAAAUGCGAAGGGAACGGAACGGAGAUAAUUUUUUGUUUUUUUUUUUUUUAGUAAGUUAAGGAGAUUAAAGACUAUUUUUAUGUAAAAAAAAUAUCAAAGAUUAAUAAAAUUCUGUUAAAAAUGGA